CGUUCAUGUAUUUGCUCCAAACAGCCAAUAAGCGCGUGAUCUGAAGCGUCGUGCACGAGUCUGGUUCGCGACCGGAAGUGAUCUAAUUCCCGUUCCAAGAGGCCCGAAAGACUCGGGGAAUUUCUAUGGAAGAGAUGUCAGGAGACAGUGUGGUGAGCUCAGCUGUGCCGGCAGCUACAACACGGACAACCUCCUUCAAGGGGUCCAGUCCCAGUUCCAAAUAUGUGAAGCUGAAUGUCGGGGGAGCGCUGUACUACACCACCAUGCAGACCCUGACCAAGCAGGACACCAUGCUGAAGGCCAUGUUCAGUGGCCGUAUGGAAGUCCUUACUGAUAGUGAAGGCUGGAUUCUGAUUGACAGGUGCGGGAAGCACUUUGGGGCCAUUCUGAACUACCUGAGAGACGGAGUCGUCCCGUUGCCUGAGAGCCGGAGGGAGACGGAGGAGUUACUGGCAGAGGCAAAGUAUUACCUGGUGCAAGGCCUGGUGGAUGAGUGUCAGGCGGCAUUACAGAACAAAGAUGCGUAUGAACCAUUCUGUAAAGUUCCACUGGUGACAUCAUCUAAAGAGGAACAGAGGCUCAUUGCCACUGCAAAUAAGCCUACAGUCAAACUGCUGUACAACAGGAGCAACAAUAAAUAUUCAUAUACAAGCAACUCUGAUGACAACAUGUUGAAGAACAUUGAGCUGUUUGACAAGCUGUCUCUGAGGUUCAACGGCCGAGUGCUUUUCAUCAAGGAUGUGAUCGGUGAUGAGAUUUGUUGCUGGUCCUUUUACGGCCAGGGCAGGAAGAUUGCAGAGGUGUGCUGCACGUCAAUAGUCUACGCCACUGAGAAGAAGCAGACAAAGGUUGAGUUCCCAGAGGCUCGCAUCUAUGAAGAGACCCUCAACAUCUUGCUCUACGAGUCUCAAGACGGCCGCGGACCUGACAAUGCACUGCUGGAGGCCACAGGGGGCGCUGCAGGCCGUUCCCAUCACAUCGACGAGGACGAAGAGAGGGAGCGCAUUGAAAGAGUGCGGAGGAUCCACAUCAAGCGCCCUGAUGACCGCACGCAUCAUCACCAGUGACGCCUGCAGUCCGUCCUCUUUUCAGUGCCUUAACAACUGCCAGCGCUUCGGUUACACCCCUCUGUUUGCACACAGACACGUCAGUUAAGUUUAUCCCAGCGAGACAUAGGGAUACUCUCAGAAUCGCUUGUCUUGAUAAUGUUACAUGAAUGUAGCAUAUAGGGCAGAGCAGCGCUGACCUCAUGUGCAUUUUUAAAGACCUCACUUAAAAAAUACAAUGAUGGUGUAAAUGUGAAUAGAAAUGCACAACAGAUGGUUAGUUUUACAGCAAAUUCCAAUUAAUAUAUGAAGUCGAUCAGCUGAACUGUCAUUUACUUGUAUGUUGGCAGCAUAUUGAAAUUUUCCAAAUGAAGUUGUCUGCUGAAGUACUUUUGUAUUUUACAUUAUUUACCAUAUUUGUUUCUGUUUGAGUGAAGACUGAGGGGAGUUCCUGGUGCCUUAUAGAUUAAUCCUGUUCUUUUUUAUUUGUGUGUGUGUGUGUGCAUUGUGUGAUAGACGUUGGAUUUUUGUGGCUUUUGAGUUUAGUUUAUCCCUCUUUUCUUAUUUUCUUUGCUUUGUGUUAGAGCCAGGAUUUCACAGUGCUGAUAGUUUGUCUUACCGAGAUUCAGGAUGAAUUGACAGAUUCUUAAUCUGUCAGUUUUCAUUUUAUUAUGCUUGCGCAAAAACAUUCAUGCACGCUGUCAUUUGAGGAUUGCAUGUGCUGGAUGCAACAGGUCUGUAUGAGUUUGGCCAAUAGAGGGCAGUGUAGUGUUAUGGUGUUUUCACUCAUGCACAAGAGAAGGAGGCACUUUUAAACAACAGUUCUCAAAUUUUCUAUCCCUUUUUAGCUACAAUCCAUAAAAUAGAUUAUGCUGUUACAUAACUUUCUGCUGCACUGUAUUAAAUUCCAUCAAGUUAAUUACGCUUCUGGGUUUUGUAAGUGAUCUCAUUCGAGCAAAGAAACUGAGAUGAAGUCAGAAGCGUUCGGAUGUAUAUCUGUAACUGAGAAAUGGACACAGAGUAUGUGUGUGUAAUUAGAGACCAGACCACGUCAAAGAAGCUCCAGGACGUAGGAGAGUACAGGCUCUCCUCUGCUGCAGUUUGUGGUUAGGAGUUUUAUUUAAAGGUGUAUUUAAACGAAAUCAAAAUAAAAACUUUGAAAUCUGUAAUACUGUAGAGCAGUUUGUACAGAAACGUGCACAUGAAUAAAAAUGUUUUACAUGCAAAUUAUUUAUUCAUAUGUUAUCACAAAUAAAGAUUUCUACAAGUUUUGUAGAUCAAACUGCA